AUGGCCGAGUAUCCUGACUUGGACGAGGUAUUUCGUUUGCAAUGGCUUUCCCAAGGUACUUCACAGGGUCAUUCACAACUCCCUGGCACCGUCACCACCUACGCAGAGGCCACGACCCCCACACCCGUUCCUGAUGUCGUCCCUCGCAGUCGAGCCCACGAAACCGCCCAGGCAUCGAGUCAAUGCCCCCCUGCCCAUCGAGAGAACUUGUCGUUUUUGGAAGAGGAGGAUUGGGAUCCAGACAAGCCAUAUAAUGGAGAUCGUUUCCACUAUUUGAUUGAGUGGAAGGUGAGACUGAACGGUAAGGCCGUUGCUAACCAGUCUGAACCCAACGUUGUCGUUUCUCUCGACUGCUACUGGCGGUUGGUUUUGCAAGACCGGCUGGAGCAAGUAGUGCGGCGGAGGUUUGCGAAGAACCGACGACUGCGGCACGAGCAUACCGCGGUGGUCGUCUCAGUCACGGAGCGUUCGCAGCGAGACCUCUCCAAAGAAUACGAGGGAACCGAGAUCGAUUGGGCCGUUGCGAACAACCAGCUGCUUGAUUGGAGUCCACAUUUCCAGAAGGGCAAGAAACUCCGGGUCAACCUCUCGUUCAAUUUUGUGGAACAGAAUGCGCAGUCGGCAAGCCGGUCUGCCAGAAGAGGCGACAAGAGAGGACGGAAAUCAGCCAGUAGUGGCAUGCUGGCGGACCGGGAUCGAGAGAUAGCCGCAGAACAAGACGCAACGGGAGAGCCGCCCGUUUGGCCCGAUCUAUAUGCAUUCAUGCGCUGUCCAACGUUCUGUGAAGCGGGUCCGCACUGCUGGAUUGAUUCGGAAGGGAACCAUCACAGAAUGAAGGCCGAAUAUUUCAAACGACUCGAAGAGCACGUGGCCCGGCACGGAAUGCUGUCAACGCACAGUGACAUGCCCUUGGACCUUCAACGACAAUUAGUUGCGGAUCGGCAAAGACAGGGCCGAAGGGGAAAGAAGCAGAUUUCGAACUCUGACCCCCCUCUGCCUCCUAUCACUAUCACUAACGUACUGCCUGGACAGCCUCCGCAAGCGUCCCAGGCAGCAAGGGCCCAAGACCAGUCCACUCCCAGGUAUCAUUCAGACGCCACGAGACUCCAGCAGGUGGAAUUUUGGGGUUUUCGUGAUGAUGCGCUACGACGGUACGCGGAGUGGCAGCAAUCGAGAGUCCGGGAUCCAUCGGUCAAAGCGGAUAUUGGAAGAGCAUAUGAUGUGGCAAUGAAAAAAAGGAUCUUCCUGGAAAUGAUGUGCGAACACCAGACCUAUCGUAUAUUUGUAGACGAGGGUGUGCCCGUGGUGGUCGCUUGGUAUUUCACCUGGCCCAAGGACAUUGAAACCUUCGGUCAUUACGACAAGCGCGUUAGACUGGACACGAGUGAGGAUGGACGUCAGGGAUGA